GAGGCCUCGCACUUGCUGAAAUCGUCGUGGAUUUGAUCAUGCCAGUGUUCAACGGCUUUCGCAUUAGGUUCUAUUGGUUCAGAUAGUUUUGGAAAGUGAGGUUCUCAGCUGAGAGUGCCGCAUAGCAAUAGCAGGCAUGACAUCCAAGAAGACAUAUUUAGGAAGCACCACAUCUCUGAAGCAGCCAGAGAAGUCUGAUAAGUGGUUGGAUGCUCUAAGUGACCCUCUGACCUCACUCUACACCUUCAACUCAUCCAUCGCAUUGUCCGAUCUUAAUGGUGAUGGUGAUGCCAAGCUAAUUGUCGCUGACCUGGGCACUGGCAUGUACCAGAUGAAGCUCAAGGUGUUCCGCGGCACAUCUCUGAUGUCGGAGAACACGCUGCUGGACCUGCCGACCGCCGUCGUGGCCUUCCACAUGGACACGACCGAGCCACGCGUGCCGGCCAUCGCAGUGGCCUCGGGCGCCUACAUAUACAUCUACAAAAAUCUACGACCCUACUUCAAGUUCACCCUGCCCACGCUUGAGGUUAACCCGUCCGAGUUUGACCUCUGGACGCAGGCCAGGGACGACAUGAUCGACUGCGCCACGCUGUAUGACACGCUGGAGAUGCUGCGGAAGGACGUGGGCGCCCACUGUCUGACCACGCGCACCCAGCACCUCCUGAUGUGUCGCACACAGGAGCAGCGGGAGGCCUUCGUCGAGUCGCACAAGUACUUCAUGGUCAAGAAAAGGACGGUCAUCACGUGCAUGACGACGAUGAAGAAGAACAUGUCCGACGAGCAGGCUGUCAGUUGCCUUGUGCUGGGCACUGAGAGCUGCCAGGUGUACGUGCUCGACCCGGAGGCGUUCACCCUGCUGAUGAACCUGCACCUGCCUAGCGUUCCCGCCAUCCUGACGGUAACGGGCCUGUUCGACGUGGAGUACCGCAUGCUGGUCGCCUGCAGGAACGGUAAGAUCUACACGGCCAAGCGGGGCAUGGAGGACGGCCGGCUGACGGCUGAGCUCUCCUCGCAGCCGGUCGGCCUCGAGCGGCGCGACAAGACCUUCCUGGUCGGCUGCAUGGACGACCACAUCUACUGCUUCUCCAACCACGGCAAGCUGCUGUGGCGUCUGCGGCUGGGAGCCGGCCUGCUCUGCAUGACCACCAUGGACCUGGCCAGCCACGGCCAGAAGCUGCUGCUGGUGUCGCUGACCAGCGGCGAGGUGCGCACCUACCAGGACCGCCAGCUGGUCGACUCGUUCCAGCUGGACCAGCCGGCCAAUGCGCUCAAGUUCGGCCGCUUCGGCCGCGAGGAGAAUGUGCUGCUCAUCGUCAACCAGGGCGGCGGACUCCAGGUGAAGAUCCUGCGCCGACGCGCGAAGUUCGAGCCACAGGAGCCGGCCGGCGCGCUGCCUGGCGCCCGCGAGCUCAAGCUCAACAUUCCGAAGAAGACCAAGCUGUUUGUGGACCAGACUAUGCGGGAGCGGGAGAACUCCCAGUCCAUGCACCGCAUCUUCCAGUACAACCUGUACCUGCUGCGGCUGGACGCGGCCCGCCAGUACGUGCAGUCGUUGGACAUGAGCCUGACGCCGGUCACCACCGACGAGCAGCCCAUACGACUGGCGGCCCAGGUUCUCGGCCUGGGACCGAUGUUCAAAAUCCGUGUCGAGCUUCAGAACACCUCCGCCUUGAAGAUCGUCCAGGAGCUGGGUAUCCGCGUCCAUGCUGACGAGAAGCUCUACCACGUUCAGCAGCGCUUCAUUCAUGUACCGAUUCUGAUCCCGGGAGUGACGUACGUGUACGACACGCUGGUCGAGUUCGUCUCGGACCUGGGCAUCUCCGACAAGGUGCGCGUGUUCGUCACGCGCGGUCAGGUGACCCGGCCCAUCCUCUCGGCCGUCAUCAGCAUGCCCGUGGCCGAGGUGGCCGUGGCCGUGUAGGGUGACGUCGAAACGCGGAUACGUCACCGCCGCCGAGUCGGAAGCUUCGUGUGGGGUGGAAACCGUCUGCCGUCCGUGCCGGUUCCGCGUUCGGUCGAGGUUUAGCUGCCCGACGUCCGCUGGCUGAUCUCAAUGUAGCCGCUUUGGACGGCUCCGACGCACUCUUGUGACCAGUGUUAUUCUAUUCUACGUUUAUCGUAUUCUUGUGUUAUUUGUUGGUCGGGUCGUGUACAACCAGCACGCCCCACACCAUGCUGUUUCAGUGUGCAUUCCCCACUCGCUUUGUUCCGGCACUGCUCUCGGGGUUAGGUUUACAGCCCAUAGGGUGAUCUCUGAACGCUGCGCCAGUGCAGUGUGUGGUUAUGUUGUGUUCGUGUAACCCACGCCGUGUGCCGUCGGGUGUUGAAGCUCACAAACGAUUCCGUCCACGGUCGUCCGCAGCCGGUAAACAGCGGGCUGCCGGCGCUUCUUGGGCCGCCUUAAUGUAAUUGCAUGCCAGCCAACGUAUUUCGGUGCACAUCGAUCACGGAUGUUAGAAGCCCGCUAUAGUUUUUAAUAUGGUCGUGGUGCUAGGUGUGCUAAGAGCCCGUAGGAGACGUGAUGCUAUCUCCGAGGGUUUUUUGACUUCUCACAAAACGUGGUGACAUCACCUGAUGUACUGAUUGGGUCUGAUUCUGUCCCGCGUUUUUCAACAACCGCUCACAAUAUGGUAGGAAAUAUGCAGCAUGAUAGAUGAGUUUAAAGGCGUCCAAGCUGUCGUUAACGCUCAUGGCACGAUGCCAAGCUGCAGAUCAGAAAAACUCGCGUUAAAUGAUCCGAUCUGGCCCUUCUUUGUCCCACAUCUGUUUGGUCAGAUUUAUAUGCAAAAUGUCCACCCGGAGUGAGAUGCUCACCGCGCCCAAGGUCGGUAUGUCACCUGCGAAAUGCCACCUGUAGGGGUCGGUAUGUCACUUUCACCUAUAAAGCCGGUCGCCGGGCCGUGUUACGUUGUGUGAUUACUGGGUGUGCCGUUUUAUUUUCAAUCGUGGAAUCAGUGUCGGGAGUCAUGAUUCUGCGUCAGGUUACCUUAUUGGUCGCAAGUGAGGAUUGGGUUGCCUAGUCACGGCAUUGUUCAUCUAGUUCAUCAGCACAUCUAGUCACGGCAUUGUUCCUAUGAGUCAUGCGCUGAGUUGCAUGUACGCUCGUUUGUGAUUGGUUGCUAGUCAGACACGCGCACAUCCAUGGAUAUGCGCACGGCCAUGGACUUCACGAAAAAAUAUAUUUUCAACAAAUG